AAGUGAGCAUUUUAAAGAGUUGAAGAAUAUGAAAAAGUGAACUACUAACUUGAAAGUAACGUUAUAAUGUUGAGUGGUUGCUAGGAGACCACUGCCAACAAACUCGAUGGGAAAGAUGUCGACUAGUUACUCUGCAAACCAGUAUGAAAGUGCCUUCAAGUCGCAAAAGCUCCAGAAUUGGACCAUCCCAAAACAUUUCAAAGAGAGACCAUCAGCAGCAGAAGGACACACUACAUUUAUAGCCACAGACCGGGGCCACCUUCUACCUGGAGUCAGAACAAAGAGUGGAAGUGCAUGGCCAGCAUACCAAGGCACAUGGGAUUUACCUCGGUAUAUCCCUCCUACUUCCAUAAACCCCACUGCCCGUUCACGAAAAGGCCAGGAUCGCCUCAGAACCUGGGGACAGAUGAAAUUUGCCACAAACCAGACUUACGAAGCCCUUGAUGGCAGCCAGGCUACAAACAGAACUAUUAACAAUGUGGAAAACUUAAAUGUGGACCAGCUUGCAGAAGAGUCAAAAAUGCCAGUCAGUGUCCCAGACCGAGAUGAGCCAGAGAGGCCCAAAUCACAUCACAGCCAAGACCAGUCUAGACCAACAAGCCAGCAAGCUCAGUCUAACCCAGUUAACCUUGAAAACCAAACCCAGUCUAGACCAGGAAGUCACCACAGCCAACAGGCUCCAUCCAGACCAGCCACUCAAGAGAGCCAAGCUGAGGCAAGACCGCCAACCCAGAACAGCAGACCAGCAUCUCAGCAGAAAUAACACCAUUUAUAAUCAGAUCCCCUGCAUGGGUAGUUUUAAAAGUGGUUCCAUUAAAAAUGGCAUUACGUAAGCCUAACACUUCUUUGACAAAACACUUUUACUUUACAGAUAUUAUUUUUUUUGUGUUCCAUUUAUUUAUAACUGUGCUCUCCGUUUGAGAGCACUUGUGUCAGAACACAUUAACUGAAUUGUUUCAAUGAAGCUAAAGCUGAUUAGUUUUACUAAAUGGUUUUUGUAAUGGAAUCUGCUUAAAUGAAAUACUGAAUGAAGAGUCAAGUAUUGCCAGAAAAUAUAUCAGAGUACCUUGAUAUCUGUAUUUUAAUAAUAUUCAAAAAAAAAAAAAACAUU